AUGAUUAAAAGAUAUUUGAAAAUAUAUCCAUCCAUAUAUUUCACCAAGCAUGUGUAUACUGCACCAGAAAUAGAUGGUAGUAAGGAUUUGUUAAAAAAGGAUUAUGUAUUUAAUCAAUACGUAAAUAAAAAGGAAAUAUUCUUAAAUAAUAAAUUAAAGAAAGGAAAUUGUGAAAAUGAAAUAAAAAGAAUAUAUUAUUUUAAAUUAUGGAACGCUAUGGUUGAGCAUAACUUUACUUUGUUUGAAAAUAUUAUUCAGCAAUAUCUAAAUGAAGGAUAUAAAUAUGACGAGGUCAUAUAUUCUAUAAUGACACACGCAUAUAUUUUAAAUCAUAAGAAAAAAAACGAAAAUGCCUAUCUUGUAAUUGAAGAAAUGAAAAGGGCCUUUAUGCACCCGAUUAUAAUAAAAAUAAACGAACGAAUGAUAAAUUGUUUUUUAGAACUUGAAUUAAUAUUUUGUGAACCUUCUAAAAGUUUAUGGAUAAAUGUAUGUCGUUUUAUAUGGGAAUCAUCAAUCAAACUAAAUAGAGAAAGGAGAAGAAAAUUGAAAGAAAAAUUAAAUUUAUUAGAACCUAAUCAAGUAUUAAAACUAACAAAAGAAGAUGUAAAAAAACUUGUUAAAAAGGAAUACGAAGAAACAUUAUUAAGUAUGAUGGAUACAUUAUCUUUGGAUGGUGAAGACCCAUAUGAUCAUAUAUUAAUUGACAGGAAAGAAAAUUAUAUGAAAAUUGAAAAUCAGAAGGACGGAAAUUUCUUUCCUUCUAAUGGUAAUGAACUAACAUGCCUUAAUAAUAAUCAUAUAUAUAAUGAUCAUAUAAAUUAUUUAAAAGGAAACAUAGAAAAUGAUACUUCAGAAAAUGUGAACAGUUUUAUGUUUUCUAUACUUAAUGAAGGAAAAAAUAAGACAACUGAACAAGAAAUAAAUUAUCAAGACGACUACAAUUUAAAUAACAAUGAUUAUAUGACUAAAAUAACGAAUAUAAAUAGUGAUAAUAAUAUAAUGAUGAAUAUGGAAAAUGAACAUAUGUAUGAAACAGACGAAAAAGAUGAACAUUAUGAAUCCUUUGACGAUGCAGAAGAUUUUGAUAUUCAACUAUUAAAAAAAUAUUAUAAUUUGAAAUAA